AUGGAUUCAACAACUCUAGCGAUUAUUGCACUUCAGUUUUUAAAAAAGAAAAAAGAAAAAAGGAAAAUUCAAAAUCGAUGUUGGUGGGUUCAUCCUGUAUUAGCUAGGAGAAUGGAUCAAGGGCAAUUUAUAGUAACUUAUAAUGAACUAAGAACAAAUGAAGAUGAAUUAUUUAGUUACACUCGAAUGACAAUGUCAACAUCUGAUGAGCUUUACAGUUUGUUAGAAACAAAUUUGACCAAACAAACGACUGAUAUGCGAGUUCCUAUUGGUACAAAAGAACGUCUAUGUAUAGCAUUAAGAUAUUUAGCUACGGGUUGUUCAUUUUCUGAACUUCGUGUAAAUUUUAAAGUGGGUGCAAGCUUCAUGCAUGCCAGAAUUAACAAAAAAAUAUUGGAUAGAAGUUGCGGAAAUUUACAAAAAAAAGCUAAUUUCCCUCAUUGCCUCGGACCUAUUGAUGGGAAACAUAUACGGAUUAGAAAACCCAGCAAUACGGGAUCGGAAUAUUUUAAUUAUAAAAAUUAUUUUUCUAUUGUACUAAUGGCCGUCGUCGACGCCAAUUAUAAAUUUUUAGUUGUCGAUAUUGGUGCAUACGGAAAAGGCUCAGAUUCACUAGUAUUUCAAGACGGUCAUUUUGGUCAAAGACUUCAACGUGAUGAACUAGAUCUACCACAAGCAUCCAUCAUUGAUGGUUACAAUAUGGGCCCGUUUUUCCGUAUGUGUUUUUAG